AUGGACAACGCCAACCCAGACCCGUUGCCUUCGCCUUUGCCAAGGGAGGAAGCUAAACCUCUGGCUUUACCUUCUGUUCCCGUGGGCCGCCGGGGUCGUCAUCCUGAGGGUUCCACCCCUACGAAUCCGAAGCUUAAGGCCUCUCACACUCGUAAACGAGGCCGCCCCUCCAGGUCUGGGCAGGAGCCCCUGCUGUCCCAAGGGGUGUCGUCCCCCGUGGGCAGCGGUGGGGGUAGCGACCUCCUGCUGAUCGAUGACCAGGGUGUGCCCUACACAGUGUCCGAAGGGUCGGUGACGGGCAGGCCCGAGGGCGCCAGCCCCAAGAAGGCUCCGCACUUUUGCCUCGUGUGCCUGCGGGCCUUCCCCUACCUCUCUGACCUGGAGCGGCAUAGCAUCUCCCACUCGGAGCUGAAACCCCACGAGUGCAAGGAUUGCGGCAAGGCCUUCAAACGAUCUAGCCACCUUCGGCGUCACUGCAAUAUCCACGCCGGCCUGAGGCCCUACCGUUGCCCACUGUGCCCCCGGAGCUUCCGCGAGGCUGGCGAGCUGGCCCACCACCACCGCGUGCACUCGGGCGAGCGCCCCUUCCAGUGCCCCAUCUGCCGGCUACGCUUCACCGAGGCCAACACACUGCGGCGCCAUGCCAAACGCAAGCACCCGGACACCCUGGGGGAACCUCUGUGUCCCCCAGACCCCGAGGCUGAACCUUCACCCUGGGACGAUAACCAUGAGGGCACCACGGUGGGGGCAAAUGAGGAGGGGCCAGAGGAGACCAAACCAGUCAGCCCUGCAGCCCUGGUCCCCCUGUCUCAAGCCAAAUUUGGAGCUGGUGCUGGGCGUGAGCAGGGCGGCCAGGACCCUUGCAUUUCUGGUGGUCUUCCCGUUGGGGGAGGGUGGAGACCUACACUUCAGGGUCCCGCUGCCUUCUCCCACGCUCCCCCAGACUGA